CCUGAUUCAUCAUAUAAACAAAAGAGAUCAUUGUUUGACUCUAUAGUCUAUAGAUUUAGUGUUUGUAAGAGAUAAACAGAGAUGGCAAGAAUUCCUGAUCCUCUUGUAGUUGGGAGAGUGGUGGGAGAUGUUGUGGAUUAUGUGAGCUCCAGUGUGAAAAUGGUUGUCACUUACAAUCCCAACAAGCAGGUCUACAAUGGCCAUGAGCUCUACCCUUCCCAGGUCAUCUUCAAACCCAGAGUUGAAGUUCCUGGUGGUGACAUGAGGUCCUUCUUUACACUGAUCAUGACUGAUCCUGAUGUUCCUGGUCCUAGUGAUCCAUACCUUAAAGAGCACUUACACUGGAUAGUGACUGACAUUCCAGGGACUACUGAUGCUUCCUUUGGAAGAGAGGUGGUAAGCUAUGAAACACCAAAGCCAAUAAUUGGAAUCCACAGGUUUGUAUUUCUGCUGUACAAGCAGAAAAGGAGGCAGACGAUGAAUGCGCCUCCUUCAAGGGAUCGAUUCAACACUCGAAAGUUUGCAGAGGAGAAUGAGCUUGGCUCCCCUGUUGCUGCUGUCUUCUUCAACUGCCAGAGGGAAACUGCUGCAAGAAGGCGUUGACAUGAUCAACUUUUACCUCAUAAUUAAAAAAUGUCAAGCCAGUGCUUAUCGAUUGGCGUAUCUAUCUAUCUACUUAUAUUAUAAGCUGUUUGCUUUUUAUCAUUUGGGUAUUUUAUGAGAAGUUUGUUAAUGCAAUAAAGACAAAUAUUUACAAACAUUCCUGCAGGGUUCAUGUAAUAUUGUUGCUAUUUUAAUAUUUGCG